GACCAAACUAAUUCCCUCUUGGCUGGUGUUUGCUUGUCGCAUCCACAUGGAUAUUAGCACUACACUUGGACUACAAGCUACUUGGUUUCAACGGGAUCUAACGCCACUUGAAAAAGAAUUACAAGACUCACUGGAAGGAUUUCUGAAGACUUUCAAAGGACAUAGGCCCACCGCACGUCAAGCCAUAGACCGCGUUCCAGAAAUGCCACCUGAGAUGUUACAACUCUUUCUAAAAGAACCGUUGAGUCUCGCUCGUCUCGUGAACAGGAUCCUGCGCAGCGAAUGCUACAGCACCACCGCUGUCAAGGCACGCCUCGGACUUAGCCCAACUCCUGGACCGCAUUUACUCCGAAUCCAUCCUCUCAUCUGCGGCCAGAUGGCCUUUGAAUUCUCCAGCAGAAUCCAUGACCUCGGGAUCAAGCUCAUGAAUGGGACCUGGGACCUCGUCCCACUCGCACACCUCUACAACGCAGGGCGCCUUUCAGGCCUUAUCACCACCCCAUGGGCGGAUAUGGAAACCCUCAUCUCCAUCCACGGCCGAGCCUUCCUCCUCCUACCCGAUACCAACGACCCCGAGAAAUUCCACCGCCUAGUCAGGAUCGCGCAUGGAGAGAAACUGCUCGCAUAUGCCAGGGACUCACGAACAGAUCGCGUACAGCGCGAUCCAACCCGCAAACGGCUAAUAAAGCCUGCUCCGCUGAUGGAGCUGCUCAUGCAAGCCUCCCACAACCGUGACGAUAAGAAGUGCCUCCCCUUCGCCUCCCUGCACCAAAUCAUCAGCCACGUACUCCCACUCCAACCCGCCAACGCAUCUAGUCAGGCAUCACCAAGCCCAACGGAUAUCCUUACGCUCCUCCACACCCGCAUCGCAGCCGAAGAACCCCAUCUUCAUUUCUCGUACCUCAAUCUCUUCACGCGCCUCGCUUCUGUGCCGAUUGAGGCACUCGGACCUAAUGGGCUUGGUCUGGAUGUCUUAGGAGGAUUCUGGGGCCUCGAGGUGUGUAAAAGUCAGCGGUGGGCACCGCUGGUGAUUUCGGUUCUCAAGGCGAAUUAUUCGGCGGCGUCCGGAGGGGUGGCGGCGCCUUUCGAGCAGUAUCGUCUAGCGCUGAGGAGAUUGGUGAGGAUGCUGAUGGAGGCGGUUGUGGAGGGAGGCUUUUGACAUAUGGAAGACCUGCUCGCCGGGGUCCUGACAGCGGUGUCGAGCGAGCAAAGGUGGAUUUCGAGCGGUGAGAUAUCCAUGUCCGGAUAUGAUAUAAAUGUCAAAGCCGUUGGAAUUGAGAUACCUUUUGAUACACAAAAGACGUGCCAGCUGGAGCCCUCCUUACGGUGGUAUCAAGCGAGCAAAAGUGGAGCCCGAGCAGUGAGAUAUUUGUGUCGUCUUUAUGAACCAGUAUUGUAGAGAUAUGAAGGACUCAGAAAAUCGAGACCCUGACCGUUCCGUGAUAUGGAUCGUCGCUUUGGUGGACGCCGCGGUCUUUAGAUCUUACAUUUUGCACGACAACGUGACUGGAG